GUGGAAUAUUGUGAUUAUUAUUUCCACUCUCCAAUAACAGAUGGAAUUUCCAUACCCAAUGGUGCGCAAAGAAUUAAUGCCUGUUGAACAAAAAAAAGGGCCUCCUCUUUGUACCAUCCCUUUAUGCAAUUCCAAUAUCUAUGCUGCCGAUGAAGGAAAAAUACCCUUUGGCCAUGCUCUAAACAGUAUCACACCUCUUAGCUUUUCUACUUUGAAGAAGUCCAUGCUUUAAUAUUAAGCAAGCAAGACUUCACAUAACGUACAUGCAGGGAACCUGAUACUAUUCUUGGGCUUUUUCCACAUGAUAUUGAUAACUUAAACUUUGGACUGAAUUUUAGACCCCCUUCAAUAAAAAUUAAACAAAAAG